AUGGCCAAACGAACCAAGAAGGUCGGUGUUACCGGAAAGUACGGUACUAGAUACGGUGGUUCUCUCAGAAAACAAGUCAAGAAGAUGGAAAUCACACAGCACGCCAAAUAUGUCUGCACAUUCUGCGGAAAGACCACCGUCAAGAGACAUUCAGUCGGAAUCUGGAACUGCAAGUCAUGCAAAAAGACCGUCGCCGGAGGGGCCUACACAGUAUCAACACCCGCCGCCGCCGCUAUGCGAUCAACGCUUCGAAGAUUGAGGGAAAUUGCUGAGGUUUAG